AUGGCCGGCAAGAAACUCAUGAAGUUAUUAUGGCAAAUCAAAAAGACAAGGGAUUAUCCAUUAAAGUAAUUAUAUAAAAUUCUAUACCUAUAUUAUAAACAUGACUACUUUAAUCGGGUUUAACCUUUAGACGUUUAGUGUAUUGUAUGGAUAUCAUACCUGAAAUUAUGGUUACACUUUUUAGAUUAGGAGUAUAACGAGAGAUCUAUUGGUUUACUAUGGUGUGAUUUUUAGAUUCUCAGCAGAGUGAAUGAUUUUCUCAAGUUUUCUCAUUAAAUGUGAAAAAAAAACAACGAGAAAAUGUACGAAAUAUUUUACUAAAAUAUGUAUUACGAAUUUUUUUUUUUCUGUGAACAACUAUUCUAUCCAACAAUUUUGUUCCAAUUUAAAAUGAUAAAAAUAUUUCUUAAAGGGAAUCUGUAUGGGAAGGUUCCUCUAGGGAAGCCAUUUUUCGAUUUUUCCAAGUGUUUUCCCAGCAAAUGUGAAAAGCCGGGGAAAAACACGGGAAAACCGGGAAAAUCGGUUCAACAUUAAAGAAAUUAUGUAGUCUAUUUAAUUAUUUCAAUCUAAUAUGACAUAUAUAUUGUUAAUAUAGCAUCACUAUCAACUGAACUCCACUCAAAAUCGAUUUUUCGUAAAAAAUGUUUUAUUGUUGCUUAUAGGUACACAUCAAAUUAUCUAUAACAGUGGCUGCACUCGUUCUCAUUAUCCUUCGAUAAUAACCUAACCUAACCUUCGACGUCAUUUUAUAAUCUUACUGCAUAUAUUUUUACUCUAUGUCUUACCGUAAACUGGACGGAGUAUCUAAACUAAUUUUUCAGAGAUGUAAACGUACUUUUACUAUUUGUUUGAAGUGGAACUCAUGGAACGCAGUGGUGGAUAAAAAGCACUAUGUCUGAAAACUGCUGUACAUUAGUGACUAUACCUAUAAAAGUAUUCAGUGGAAUUUCUGACCUCUACGAUUAUUUUUCAUUGAAUAAAUAAAAUAGAAUAAAACAAAAGCAGUAAAUGUAACAGCUACAAGUAUUCCCGAUGUUUUUUCUCGAGGUUUCCUCAUAAUUAAAAUAAAAAAUAAAGAAAUCCGAAAAAUAACUUCCUUAUUGCACCAACUAGACGACAAUUUUUACUAGGAACUAUGGCCUCUAAAGUUGAUAAUUGGAGCAAGAAUACUGGUAGAAAAGUUGUUCACAUAUAGAAAAUUAAAAACACAUCAUCAUAAUAGAAUAAUAAUAUAGUAACCAUUAUAUUAGAAUCGAAAAUGAAUAAUAUCUACUAUGGUAUUUACUAUGUAAGCAAAAGUUAGCCUGCAUUAGGUAGUGUUUGAUUCGAAAAUUAUGAACUACUGAAUUAUGUUUAAAAAUUGGUGUAGAGGUGUGGUGGGUUAAGCCUCCUACGUGUUGGGUUAAGUUGAAUAAUUGCAAGGGAGACAUUUGAGCAUUGAAUUCAAUAUAAUAACUGUUAACAUAUUAUUCGUUAUAAUAAUAAUAAUGUUAUCACUAGGGUACGGAUGUUGUUGCAUUUGCAACUUUUUUUCUACCUUUUCAAUUUAUUGCUAAGUAAGUUUUAAAUACGUUUUAUGUAAGUACGAAUUAAAAUCUAGAAGUUUUAUGUUAAAUGUUUUGAAAUUUUAUUGCAAUUUUGUUGAAUUUAUUCAUUUAGUUGACACUCGAAAAUCGUAUCGAUAAGACUACACUAUAAUAUUGCCAGCCAUAAAAUCUAAUAAUGGUAACAUAUUUUUAUUUUGAUAAUUUAAAAUUGGUGGGUAUUAAAUACAAUACAAAAAUAUUUUGUGAAAUGUGACGGUUUGAAUGUUAUAAUGAACAGAUUAUACCGAGUGAUCGAGUACUGUUAUUUUUUUGUAAAUAUGCUGAAAAUUAGGCAAACUAUUUCCACUUUUGUAAAAAAUUGAUGGUUUUUAGUGCAAUUUUCAGUAUUUUUUAGUGCAAUACUGUCAUCAAUUUCAAUAGUUUUUUACUACUUCAAUAUCCGUGCUCUAGUUAUCACUCAUCAUCAAUUCAGAGUGAUAAAUAAGAAAGAUGUCUAAGGAUAAUGGGAACGGGUGCAGCCACUAUUAUCGGUAAUUUAAUGUAUACCUGUAAGAAACGAUAAACCAUUGCUAACGAAAAAACGAUUCUGAGCGCAAUUCAGUUGAUAGUGAUGUUUUGUCAACAAUGUAUGUUAUAUUAUAAUAAAAUAAUUAAAUAGGCUUUGUAUAUUUAUUUUUUAAUAAUACCUGUUUAUUGUUGUACCGAUUUUCCCAGUUUUUCUCGGUUUUCCAAUGUUUUUUCCUAGUUUUUCACAUUUGCUAGGGAAAAUUAAAAAAAUGACUUCUCUAAAGUAUGUUCCGAGUGAAAUUUCCUUUUAUACAAAUUGUUAUCAUUAUAAAUUGGAGCAAAUAAAUUAUUAAUAGAAAAGUGGUUUACGGGGAAAAAAAAAGCCGUAAUUUAUUUUAACUAAUACCUACGCUUUUUAUAUUUUCCCAUUUUUUCGGUUUUUAAAUUUGAUAAGAAAACUCGUGAAAAAAUCUAAUAAUGACCUCUCUAAAGUGUUGGAUAUCCUUUUAGAAACGUUGCUUUCAUCAUUCAUUAUAAAUUGGAACGAAAUUACUAGUGGAAAAGUUGUACACAGAAAAAAAAAUCGUAAUCAACUAAUACCCACAUUUCUUUAAUUUUCCCGUUUUUCUACGUUUUUGUUCAAGUUUUUGCAUUUGAUGAGAAAAUUCUUGAGAAAAUCGAAAAAUUACUACUUUAAAGUAUCACCUUACACAGUUUUUAUUUAAAAAAAUGUGCUACACAUAAAAAUCGGAGCAAGGUCUGUGGUAAAAAAAUGUUCAUAGAACAAAAAACGAAAAAAAAAUCAUAUUGGUAAAACCAUAAGCUUCUUCGCUCCACUAAGAAUUUUUAACACGAUAUAUUGCACGGUAACUGUUUAUAUUUUAGUGUUGUAGGAUUUGAUCCUAAAAAUCUGAAAAGAACUACGGAACACGUUGAUCGUUCGGACGGAUUGCCUAAUCUAGCACAAAUUAUUAAGCCAGCCAUUAAGGAAGAGACAUUCCGGAAAAAUGUGUACAAGUACAUCUAUAAAAUAAUUUAUUUAACAAUUUAUGGUACAUUUUGUAUAAUAUAAACAUAAUUUUUUAUUAAUCCCGGUAUACCUUGGAAAUCUAUCAUUAUAAUUAUGAUAAAAUAAAUUAUCCGCUGUUCGACAAACGCCGAUUGGCCUGUCAUCCGUAAAACAUUUUGGCCGUCGGACAAAAAUAUAUAUUUAUUGAAUAAUAAACGUGUACACAGCAAAAACGCUAUUGACGAAUAAUGUAGGCUACAGAAAACCUCACUUUUUAGGCCCCUGCGUCGUUUUAUCGGAUUUUUUUGAAACUAAACAACUAAUUAAUUUUCAAUUAGUUACCUUAAAACCUCCUUAUAACGGAACCCCUAUAAGGCGAAAAUCUCCUUCUGCAUAGCCUAUAUUCUGUAUAUUUUGGUCAUUAUAAUCACGCUCGGGUAGGGCGACCGCCACAGUAAAUUAACACUAAUGUUGUACAAUUUUCAAAAAAAAUAUUAGUUCAAAAAUUUCUUAUAUAUUAAUUCAAUAUUUUUUUUUUUUUUAUCAUUCGUGUUAAUAUCUAUAUUAUAUUAUUUUUAAAUAUUUUAAAAUGAUUAAAUUCAACACAACAUUAUUUAUUUAAGUUGUUUCUGCUAAUUUUCUAAUGGGUGAACUUAAUUUCUGGUAAUUGAAUUUGUGUGCUUUUACAGUCUUUAUAAAUAUAUUAUAGGUACAUGCACAGAUUUAAAUUAUGCAUUUUGAAAUUGAAUACAUGUCAAACAGUAUAUAUCUAACAAGGCUGGGCAUUAACGAGUUAAAAGUUAAAAUUAUGUUAGUUAACUCGUUACUUAUUUUUUAAGGUUAACGUGUUAACUUUUUUAAGUUAAUUUUAUUCAAAAUUAUCUAAAUUAAGUUAAUUUUCGUCCAAAGAAUAAUGCAAAUUAUUGUAAGAUUCUACGUAGUAAGAUACUGAUUCAAUAUUAUUGAAUAUAAUAAUUUACAAAUAAACUGUGCUAUUAAUAGAAUUAAUAUACAUUGUUAUCGUUAGAUUAAUCUAAGAAUCCCGUAAUCUACGAAUAUUAUCGAUGUUGUUGCUGUGUUUAAAGACGAUAAAUAUUAGUCGCGUUAUAUUAUUCUAGUCGUAUUUACGUAUCCGUUAAAAAGUUUUUUAUCGUUUAUUUCGCCAACCGUGCGUUAAUAUUUUUUCAUUAUUUAAUAAAACGGAAAAAUAUGGUAUUCGGAAAAGUGGCCAAAUUAAUACACAUGAAGACAUGACAACGUUAUCAUAAGUACCUUCAACUUCAAAACGCGGAGGAAAACUCCCGCAAGAGAAAGAAAUCCGAAUUUAUUGGUUGAAGGAAGGUAUGAUGAAAAUUAUUUAAAAUUUAGAUUUUGUGCUUUUAACAUGGGAAAUCAUAACAAUUUGGUACCAACCACAAUGUGUGGUCUGUAGAGAAUCACUCGCAAAUAAAAGUUUAAAACCACCAAAAUUAAAAAGGCAUUUAAAUACAAAUUUAAAAGAAAAAUCGAUAGAGUAUUUUGAUAUUAUAUUUGAUUUAUAUUCUGGAAAUAUUGAUAAUGUCACCAACGUUAGUGAGUUUGAGUAGAGGAGGAUAAUUCAAUCAAGUUUGAAGACAUUUCUGUAUUAGUAAACGAACAUUUGACAAACUUAGAAAAAUUAUUUAACCGAUAUUUUCCUGAGGAUAUUCGAGUAAAUUACGAGUGGACUGAACAACCAUUUGCAGCAGAUAUAAUGACAGUAAAUGUGUCUACAGACAUUGAAAAUCAAUUAAUUGUGUUAUCGUGUGAUAACAAAUCGAAACAAAUGUUUUGUGAAACUUUAUUAGAAAUAUUUUGGGCACACUUAUGCACGGGAAAUUAUGCAGAAUUAAAACUUAAAACAGAAUUAAAUUACUCAGAAAAAAAAGGCGUUUUCUACUAUAGCAAAUUUGAAGACGCCUAA